GCAAAAUAUUUCAGGCGAAACACAGGCUACUAUAAUUGCACCUAUGGGUCCUUUCACUGGGGCCGCAGUACGUGUAUUUCGUCAUCAAUCUGUCGACUGCAGUGGGACAACGUGGAAAAGUUUGAGGCAGUGUCCCAUUAAAACAUGGAGUACAUGCAAGCUCCAGCAACCAGCAGCCAAGGAAACAUCCUGUGCUGCACCUGUGGGAUCCCGAUACCGCCAAACCCCGCCAACAUGUGCGUGUCCUGCCUACGGACCCAGGUGGACAUCUCUGAUGGGAUCCCCAAGCAAGUCACCGUGCACUUCUGCAAGCAGUGUGAGAGGUACCUGCAGCCUCCUGCUACCUGGAUGCAGUGCGCUCUGGAGUCUCGGGAGCUGCUGGCUCUCUGCCUCAAGAAGCUGAAGGCCUCCAUGACCAAGGUUCGCCUGAUAGACGCGGGUUUCCUCUGGACCGAGCCUCAUUCCAAGAGGAUUAAGGUGAAGCUCACAAUCCAGAAAGAGGUGAUGAACGGAGCUAUUCUGCAGCAGGUGUUUGUGGUGGAGUUUGUCAUCCAGUCUCAGAUGUGUGAUGACUGCCACCGGGUGGAAGCCAAGGACUUCUGGAAGGCGGUGGUGCAAGUCAGGCAAAAGACCGUUCACAAGAAGACGUUUUACUACCUGGAGCAGCUGAUUCUGAAGCACAAGCUGCACCAGAACACGCUGCGCAUCAAGGAGAUCCACGAGGGGAUUGAUUUCUACUACGGCACCAAGCAGCACGCCCAGAAGAUGGUGGAUUUCUUACAGUGCACCGUGCCCUGCAGGUCUAAAUUCUCUCAGCGACUUAUCUCCCAUGACAUCCACUCCAACACCUACAACUACAAAAGCACCUUCUCCAUGGAGAUCGUACCUGUGUGCAAGGAUAACGUGGUGUGUUUGUCUCCUCGCCUGGCCCAGAGUCUGGGGAACAUGGGUCAGGUGUGUGUGUGUGUGCGCGUCACCAGCACCAUCCACCUCAUCGACCCCAACACCCUGCAGAUCGCCGAGGUGGACGGAAACACAUACUGGCGCAGCCCCUUCAACAGCCUGUGUAACCCCCGGCAACUGGAGGAGUUCAUCGUCAUGGAUAUCGACGUCAUCAGGGAUCAGAAACAGAAGGCCGGGGCAGGCCUCCGAUCCAACAAGCACACUCUGGCGGAGGUGUGGGUGCAGAAGACCUCAGAGAUGCACACGGGGCAGCAGUACCACUGCCGCACCUUCCUGGGGCACCUGCUCAACAUCGGGGACCUGGUGCGGGGCUUUGAUUUUGCAAAUGCCAACAUCAACGACGAGUUUCUCAACAAGAUGAACCCUCAUCACGUCCCCGAUGUGGUGCUGAUCAAGAAGAGCUAUGACCGCAGCAAGCGUGUGAAACGCAGGAACUGGAAGCUGAAGGAGAUGGAGAAGGACAGAGAGGGAAUGGACACGGACGAUGAGAGACAAUAUCAGGACUUCCUGGAGGACCUGGAGGAGGAUGAAGCUCUACGCAAAAAUGUCAACAUCUUUAGAGAUUCGUCUAAGAUCCCGGUGGAGAGCGACACGGACGACGAAGGCGCCCCCAGGAUCUCUCUGAUGGAAAUGCUGGAGGACCUGAGUCUGAGUGAUGCCACGGGAGGGGAGGGGGCCGACAUGCUGACCGAGUAGAGCCUCCCAGCCCCUAACCCCCCCCCCA